AUGGAGGCUGUGUCAACUCCUGUACUACUUGGUAAACUUGUUGAUUGUAUAGCCCAGUUAAUAAAAAUAGCUGAAGCGAUUACACAAAUGAUUUCACAUGAACAAGUUCCUUGUGUAGAGCAAAAUGAUAUGGCGGAACAGACAGAAGCAAAUCCUUCUUAUUCCGAGGAAGCCUUAGUACCAGACCUCCCUGACCUCUCAGACUUAGACUCAAUACUUACACCAAGAGAAGAUGAAGACCUAAUGUUUGAUAUUGAUCAAGCUAUGUUAGAUGCAGAAAACGUCUAUGAAGAUGCACACUCUGGUAUAAAUGACGACUUAAGUGGAUAA